GAGAAACUUUUAUCAUUGAACGAAAAUUGAUUUUAUUUUCAUUUUAAAAUGUAAUAAUUUAAGUGUAUUUCCUCUAGUGUAUACGUGAAAAUGGCGAAAAAUUAGAAAGGUCCUAUUACGAUAUAGAUCAGUAUAGAGUUAGAAUAAACCAUAUAUGGAACGGACUUUAUACGCUUCAGAUAUAUAUACGCGGAUUAUCUCGUAAACGUAAAUUAUUAAGAGAAAUUUCAAUAUUCAUUUUUCUCGUGAUCCAUUAGAUUUAUUUUAGGUUAUACCUCAGUUAAGUUAUCUAUUAUAGAUAAAAUAAAACCAUAAAUAUCAUAAGUGAAGAAACAUCUUUGGAUUCAAUGUGCGUUUAUCAAUAAUAAAAAUUAUUUACGAAACGUCGCGUUGUUGUCGUAAAAUUGUAUAUAUUAAAAUUACGUUUGUUCAUUAGUUGAUCAUUGAAUAAAAAAGAAAAAAAUGUUUCGUACGUGUAUUAAUUUAAAUCGUCGCGGCUUUCGAUUGGCACGAAGGAACUUACUUCUUAAACGAACAACAUGCGGCAUGAAUGCCGUUGAAAUUCCUCAAGGAUAUAUUUUAAACGAUCGUUACAUUUCGCAUAAGAGUUUCCAUGUUACUACACGUGCAACCACUUGUGGCGUUUCGAAUCAAAAAACGAUGCCUGAUAUACUGUAUGGUAAUGUCUGGGAACUUGACCCAGAAUUAUUUAAGUUAAUGGAAAAAGAAAAGAAACGUCAACACUCUGGCCUUGAAAUGAUUGCCAGUGAAAAUUUUACAUCUCUUAGUGUAUUACAAUGUUUAAGUUCUUGUCUUCAUAAUAAAUACAGCGAGGGUCUUCCUGGACAAAGAUAUUAUGGAGGAAAUGAAUACAUAGAUGAGAUAGAAAUAUUAGCACAGAAAAGAUCUUUAGAGGCAUUUAAUUUAAAUCCUGAAGAAUGGGGAUGCAAUGUACAACCUUAUUCUGGAAGUCCUGCCAAUUUUGCAGUAUAUACAGGAUUGUUAGAACCACAUGGUCGUAUCAUGGGCUUAGAUCUUCCAGAUGGUGGACAUCUUACGCAUGGAUUUUUUACUGGAACCAAGAAGAUUUCAGCAACAUCCAUCUUUUUUGAAUCAAUGCCUUAUAAAGUUAAUCCUGAAACAGGUUUCAUUGAUUAUGAUAAAUUAGCAGAGCAAGCACAAUUGUUUAAACCUAAAGUUAUUAUAGCAGGAGUGUCUUGUUACAGUAGAUGUUUAGAUUAUAAAAGAUUUAGAGAAAUUGCAGAUCAGAACAAUGCUUACUUGUUCAGUGAUAUGGCCCAUGUGUCUGGUUUAGUUGCAGCAGGUUUAAUUCCUAGUCCAUUCGAAUACAGUGACGUUGUUUCAACUACAACUCAUAAAACUUUGAGGGGUCCUCGUGCUGGUGUCAUUUUUUACAGGAAAGGCAUUAGAAGUGUUACAAAAGAUGAAAAGAAAAUUAUGUAUGAUUUAGAAAAUAGAAUUAAUCAAGCAGUAUUCCCAGGACUUCAGGGUGGACCUCAUAAUCAUGCAAUUGCUGCUAUUGCUACGACAAUGAAGCAAGUUAAAACACCUGAAUUUCAUGCUUAUCAAAAACAAAUCAUUUCUAAUGCAAAGAGAUUGUGUGCUGGUUUACAAAAUCUUGGUUACAAGAUUAGCACUGGAGGAACUGAUGUUCAUAUGCUUUUAGUAGAUUUAAGACCCUUUGGAAUUACAGGUUCUAAAGCAGAAAAAAUUUUAGAAGAAAUUUCGAUAGCAUGUAAUAAAAAUACUACUCCCGGUGAUAAAAGUGCCCUUAAUCCUGGUGGUAUUAGAUUAGGUACACCAGCACUGACUACACGUGGUUUCAAAGAAGAAGACAUAGAUAAAGUUGUGAAUUUUAUACAUAAAGGAUUACUAUUAUCUAAGGAAAUAAGUAAAAUUUCUGGACCUAAACUUGUAGACUUUAAGCAAGUAUUGAAUACUAAUGCUGAUAUCAAAGCUAAAGUUGCUGCAUUAAAAGAGGAAGUAGAAACUUUCUCUCAUCAAUUUCCAAUUCCAGGAAUUGAACAAUAUUAAUUAUUUUUAUAUUAAAAAAAAAAAAAAAAAAAAAAAAAAAAAUCUCAUAUAAAUCUUAUCUUUAUAUUUAGUAAGAAAAAUGUUUUUUGAACAUAUAUAAUAAUUUUAUAACUACUAUUUACUUUAUAUAAAAUAUGUAAUACUUUAUAUAAAACUUAUAUAAUACUUUAUAUAAAAGUUGUGUCAUGUAUUGCUAAAGUAUUAUUUAGAAAUGAUUGAUUUUUUAAAAAAGUGAUAUUAUUUUUUUCAGAUUUAUAUAUUAUAAAUAUGCAAUAAAAAAAUACGUUAUUAUUAUUACAGUUUACACUUUUUGUUAUAAUUUAAUAAAUGUAAAUUGCUUUUAGAAAAAGUAAUUCAUGAAAUGUAUUCUUUUGCAAAUAUUAAAUAUGUUUAGUUAUAACAAAUUAUAUAUAUAUAUAUUUUUUUUCUUUUUUUUCAAAAGGUAUGUUAAAAAGAAAGUAAUAAUUAAAAGUUAGCAUUUAUUUCUAAUGUUUUGGGUCAUAUAAAUUGCAUUACAUAUUGCAGUUUAGUAUAUUCAUUGAUUGUUUACUAUAUAACACAUACGUGAUAAUUUAUAAUGUAAUAUUUUUUGCACACAACAUUUGAGGAUUUUUACACUCAAGACUAUAUUGUUAUUGUUACAUGAAUUGGUAAGAAAACAAAAAAAAAAAAAAUGACAAAGUAUCCGUGAAAUAUUAAUUCGUAGUUCUUUUUUUUUCUCUUUUUUUUUUUUUUUUUUUUUGUAUUUCUCUGAUAAUUCCUACUAUAAAUUGUACAUACUAAUAAUUAUCUAAAUUUAUCUUUAUAUUAUAUGCAUUUAUUCAUAUCUAUAUAUAAAUUCGUUACCGCGCUAAAAUGGUUUUAAUCAUUAAUUCAAUCAUUAAUUAUUUUAUUUAUGGUAUGAAGCCUAUAAACGAUACAUUCAUAAUAAAGUUCACAUUCAAUUUAUACACAUAACAUCUGCAGUUUAUUUUUGUUUUAUAGAGCAUGAUAUGAAUGAUUUCUUUACAGAUAUUAACAAUCAUAUUGGACAAAUUAUAAUUAGUUUGAAAAUAAAGUAGGAAUACAGGAACUGGUUAAAAUCAUUUAUGCCGAUUAAUUUGUGUCUUCAUUUUAUAAAAUUUUGCUGUUAUUAAAUAUAUUUAAUUUUUUUUUAAAUUGUAAUUUCUUAAAAUAACGAUUAAAUGAUUUGAGUUAAUUUUAGCGGAUCUUAAACAUAAUUUUAUAUAUUUGUACAUUAUUUCUUUCUGCCAGUUAUGUGAUAAUUAUGUUAGAAUCUUCUAAUAUUAAAUAUUUGAAUUUAUUAUAUAUUCCUGGAUGUAACAUUAGCAUUUUUUCUCUUUUUUUUUUCUUUCUUUUUUUUUUUUUUUUUUUUUUUUUAAAUAAAAU